AUCUUAUGCUUUUACACAGUUCACGUGUUUUCGGGAUUUCACCCGAGUUUUCAUAACCUCUUGCAACAUGCGCAUAGAAACAUGUUAUUUUUGUUCGUCCCGGAUUUAUCCGGGACAUGGAAUUCAAUUCGUCAGAAAUGAUUGCAAGAUAUUCAAAUUUUGUCGUUCGAAAUGCCACGCUGCGUUUAAGAAGAAGAAAAAUCCAAGGAAAGUCAAAUGGACUAAAGCAUACAGGAAAACUGUUGGCAAAGAAUUGGGGGUUGACCCGUCGUUUGAAUUCGAAAGGAGGAGGAAUAUUCCUAUGAAAUAUAAUAGAGAAUUGUGGAAUAAAACAAUUGACGCGAUAAGAAAAAUAGAAACUAUCAGACAGAGGAGACAGAAUUUACAUAUAAUGCAGCGGUUACGUAAAGGAAGAGAAUUAGAAAGAGAAAGAGAUGUUAAGGAAGUUCAGCGUGAUCUAACUCUCAUACGAUCACCUGCUGCUGGACUUAAAGAAAGGAAGAAAUUAGAAGAAGCAGCAGAGCAAAAUGAAAAAAUCCAAGAUUCAGAUGAUGAAGAACCACAAGAAAUGGAAGUAAAUUAAUUGCAUCAUUAGAUUCAGGAAUCGCAUCUCUUAAAUUAUUAAUUCUCUUAAGUAAAUUCUUGUAAAGUAAAUAUUUCUUCACUUCAUAUGUUUGUAAUUUAGAAAAGAAAUAGAAAAUUUUGAUCAUUAUACAUAAAGAUAAAAAAUUACAUUAUUCGUUAUUUUUACGCUAGGCUAUAUGACUGUUUGCAUUAAAACAUUGUAAAUAUAAGUUACUUAAGUUUAAAUUAAAAUAAAUCUAUUAUAUUUCUUUAUCUUAAA